AUGCAUGAUGUUGCAAAAAUUUAUGAUCAUGGUAAAACGUUUUUGACUUUUAAUGAAGAAAAAGAAAAUUUAUCAAAACAAAUUUUGCAAAUUAAAGAUGAAUAUAAUGAUUUAAUUAAAGAGAAGGAUAAAACAAUUGCAGAAUUUAAGGAAUCAAUAGCAAUAGUUAAGCUUAAUAAUAUCAGUCUAACAAAUAACAAUAAUGAUCUAAAUUCAAAAAUGUCAGAAAAAGAUGCUGCAAAUGAUAAAUUAAGAAAAGAAACAAUUGAAUAUCAAAAUCUUUAUUCAACGCUAGUAGCUAAAUAUAAUGAUUUAGUUCAAGAAUAUAAUAACUUAAAAGAAGAGCUAAUACCACAAAUAGCUAUGAAUGUAGGAUUGACUGAAACUAAUAUCAAAUAUGAAAAACAAUAUAAUCAAUAUGUCAGUCAGUUGAACAGAUUAAAAAAACAUAAUUCAGAAUUACAACUUCAACAUGAUCGUAAUGUUGUAAAUAAUAAAAAAAGAGUAACAUUAUUAAAUCAAAAAAUUAAAGAUAGAGAUAAGAAUAUAAAUGAUUUAAAGAAGUUAUUAUCAACAAUCUCAUCAUCAUCAUCAUCAAAUCCAUCAACAAUAUCAACAACAUCACCAUCAACAAAAACAACAUCAUCACUAAAACCAUCAACAACAUUGCCAUCAACAGAAACAUCAUAUAUAUUUAAAAAUCAGAAGUCAAUUCAGUUUUCACAAGAUCUUUCUGAAUUGCAAGAUAAAAUUCAGAGUUAUAUUACAAAUUUAAGAACUACAAUUGCAGAGCUUGAUUAUAACAAUAUAGAUAAUCUUUUAAUAAAAUAUAAUUAUGUAACUGGAGCCAAAGAAAUACAAAGGAACAAACCAUUGGUUAAGGCUUUAUUGCAAAGAGCAGUUUUUGACAAGUUGAUUGAAUUAUUGAAAGAUUUUGGAAGUGAUACUUAUCAAUACAAGCCUCAAAACUUGAGGGGACUUGAAUAUGAUUUAUAUGAAUUGGCAAACAAAUUAUAUGAUUAUUCAUUUGAAUCUGAUCCAUAUGAAUGGAGAAGCAAUCAAUAUAGAAAAAUUAUAGAUCAACGAAAACAAACUGAACUUGCUACAUUAUCAGGUGAAAUUAUAAGAGAUUUUGUAAAAAUAUUUCAUUUCACACUUUUGGAAGAUUUAGAUGAUCUUGAAAUUUGUUGGAUUCUUAAUGGAUCAGCAAUUGAUUCAGAAUUUAUGGAGGGUCAAUGGGAUUACAACAACAUUGAUAAUUAUGUGAUAGAAAUUUGUAGGUUUCCAUUAAUUAGAUCUUCUAAGAAAAUAUAUUCACUUGCAAAAGUAUUUGCUGACAAACUUGAUAAUUCCAAUACAAUAAUUAAAUCCAAUACAUCACUUGAAGUUAUAAAAUGGAAUGCAAAUGCUAAAGAUAAAUUAGGAACUAAAACAUUAUUGGUAUCUGAAACAAGAUUUGGUGGUGGUGGAUGGACAACUGAAACAGCAACUGAUGAUGAAUUCGAUGAGUUUUAUGGGGAGCCCAAAUCAGAAACACUAGUAAAUGCUGAAAGUAAGGAACUUUCAAAAACUUGUUAUGAACUUGUUGAAGAAACAACAACCAAAAAAGGGAAAGUUAUUACAGCAACAUCAGCCAUUGGAUCUGUAUUUAGUACCUUUUUUGGAAGGCAUGACACUAAAUCAAUUGAAACCACACAAAAUAUCAUCUCCAAACAAACCAACGAAGGCUCAUUCCAUAUUUCUGACACACUUUCUGAAAUUCUUGAAAUUUCUUCUGAUACAAAAUCUCAAUCAUUCAAAUCUACUAUUCAAACAUAUGCUGUUAGUAAAUGUCUCAAGAAAACCACUACACAUCACACUUGGUGGUCAACUGCAAUUACCAUUAGCUAUCUUAAAUUACAUGCUUUUUCUCAUGAAACAACUUGGAAAAUUCAGUACGAAAAAGCUAGAAAAUAUCUAAGUGAACAAAUCAAAGAUGCUGAGCUUGAAGAAGAACUUUUAAAAACUUGUUGCAAUCUUGUUGAAGAAAAAACAACAAAAAAAGUAGUUUAUACAGAAACAAAAGAAGAAAUUGUUGAAAGGAAGAAAUAA